GUGUUCCCGUGAUGCUUUGGACGUUAAUGUUAGUCAUUUGUUUCCAGGCUGAUGUUUUAGGAGAGAUACACACAUUAAAUGGUUAAAGUUGAUAGUUGGACUAGCGGUGUUGUUGUGCGUGGUAUAAGCGGUGUGUUUGCAUAGUUUUAGGCAGCGUUAGCUGUGGCAGGAAGCUAAGAAGAAGAAGAAGAAGCUUAGCGGAGCAACACACGAGAGGAAGCAACAACUGCUGUCGCGGCGGGAGAAAGUCAAAGUUACUAUACCACUGAGUCCUGCAUUUUUAGGAUUAAAACAUGGAAAUACCGGGUUUGGGAAAAGAAAGACUGGUUGUGCCGACAGAUUUUACAAAGCGUAAGGUCCAGGACAACCUUGUGCCUCCAUCACAUUUUGCAUCUGUUUCUUCUGCUGGAGCGCAAAUAUCAACAACAGGAGGGAAGAUGCCAGUAACAGCUACUCCAAUUAACUGGACCAAACCUAGUCUAACCUCAUUACCCACUGCAGACCAUAGCCAGAGCAGUUAUUGGCUCGCCAUCUCCCAGACACAACAGGAAAUAUUAGAACUCAAGAAGGAGAAUCAAAGGCUAAUGGUGCUACAAGAUGAAAAUAUAAGUAGAAACAAAGUGAUAGAUUAUAAUCCAAGGUAUGUGAUGAGAUCAAUGGAUAGGAGUGAACAGUGGGUAUCACAGUGGCGUCUGGAGUCUGAGAAUUACAAGGCUGAAGCUGAUAGGUUGAAAGGGCAGGUGCAGACAUUGAAAGAAGCAGCCAUCGCACACAGAGAGGAGAUAAGGGAUAAAGACAUAAUACUAAACAGACAAGCACACGAGUUGGAAAUGAUGCGUGAGGAGCUGCAUAAGACUAAAGCAGAACUUGGCCUUGUCAGAGAAGAGCUGUCUCAAGCUAAAGUACAGAAAGAACAAAUAUGUUCAAAGUAUGAUAAUUUAAACAGAAAGUCAAAUGAGGAAAUCCAAAAGCUCAACAGGGACUUGGAGCUCACCAGGGAGGAGGCUAAGGCCUUGAGUUUGAAAGCAGACCAGUGCAGGCUACAGGCAGUGGAGACGAUCGAACAGCAAACCCAAAGAUUGUCAAAACAAAUGGAGGAGUUGCAGAAAAAUCAGGAAACUGAGAUACAAGAGAUGACUGCCUCACAUAGUGCUGACCUGCAAAAGACAGUGAGAGAAAACCGUGAACUACAUGACCGACUUCAGAUCAUGUCUUCAGAGGUGCUGCUGCACAAAGGCAGGCUGACAGAAGUAUCAGCUGAAAACGAAGGCCUCAAAGAUCAUUUAGGCCAAAUUAGACAAGCCUUUGAGACACAGUCUGCAACACUGCAUAGCCUCAGAAAUUACAUUGGCCAGCUUGCCCCUGAGAGUGGAGAGAGAGACCGACUUAAUGAAGCAGUUGAGAGACUGAACAAAGAGAAAGCAGCUCUUCAGACGACUGCCGAGCUUUUGACUAUCAGACUCAACUCAGUUAAUGAGAUCCUCAACCUCCAAGAAGAAAAGCUAAUAAAGAAGAACUCCACAGAAUCGGUUGUGAAGAAUGGAUCUGAAUCUCUGCAUGUGCUGCAACUCUGGAGAGAAAAAGUCUUCAAAUUGUGCGUUCAGCUUCGAACUAAAGACAUUGAACUAAGAGGGAAGAAGCAUGAACUACUUUCACAGGUUAACGCAAUAGCACAGCAGCUCCAGCAGGAGCAGCACCAGACCAGUGUGCUCCGGCACAGCCUAGAGGACAAGACUGCAGCUCUGGAUCUGGAGCGGGUACAAAAAGAGACUUUGAAACAAGACUUGGCCCAGACUCAAAAGGAAAAUUCCCAACUCAGGUUACAGACUGAGAAAGACCAGAAAGAUCUAAAAUAUCUGGCAGAAGCUGUGCAAAGGUUCAGUUUUGUUUUUAAAGAGAAGGUAUCAGAGAUGGACGUUGCUCAAACCAAACUGAAUAUGUGUGCACAAAGACUAACAUUUGCCAAAAGACGAGUGGAGACAAUUCAAGGGCUCAUCAUGAGGAGAGCAGCUCUUCAGAAAGUGCAACUAUCGACUAAACAAGCAGAACAAGCUGCUGACUGCAUCAGAAGCCUGCAGACAGAGCUGCGGUUGGUAUCUGAGGAGAGAGACAGACUCACUCUGGAGCUCAAACGAACCCCGGAGCUAAUUGAGAAAGCCCUCUCCGAUCUCAAAGAACAAUAUGAAGGCAGACUGGUGCAGAAGCAGCAGGACUUGGAGCACAGUUUUGUGGACAUCCAGGAGGCCGUAUGUGAGCGGGACCAGGCCCAGAGGAGGGCAGAGCUGAUCCAGGAGCAGCUGCAGCAGACCGAGGUCAAACUGGAGCGCCUCAGCUAUGAGCUCCUCUCUCAGCAGGAGAGCAGCCAGAGAGCCCUAGAGGAGAGGGUGUUUGAGAUUGAGGAAUGCUGUGCUGCAAAGUUAAAAGAGAUGGAGGAUCAAGUCAAUAGAGCCAGAGCUGAGCAUACCAGAGCAGUAAUGACGCUGCGGCACUUUGAGAGACAGGCGACCAAAAAGAAAAAACAUUUGCAAAGGGACCAUGCACAUCGCGAGCCUGGUUUGUCGAUUCCUAUAAACAUGGCUGUACAACGCAGCGCUGCUCCGUGGGAACAAAGAGAACCCACUUCACAGACACCGACUCUGGGGCCAAAGGUUCAACUACCAGCAGAUGCUCGUCUCCUGUCUGUGCUGGAGGAGCUUCAGAGCCUGAGUGCUGCAGUGGUUAACAGCUCAGAGGACUCAGCAGCAGAGGAGGAGGAGGAGGGACUGGUCGCUCAGGACAAUAAUAAAAAAGGUUCACAUAGAGACGGACGUCAUGGUGAUGCUGAGGAUGAGUGACUCAAACGAAGAGGCUGCUUUGUGUUUGCUAAAAUGCAGCUAAAACAUU